GUAUAAAUACUGCAGGACGCAAGAAACAAGUCUUCAUUCACGAAUUACGCGAGAAGCACGAGGAUACCCAACAGCGCGAUGCUGACGCACAAAGUUUAGAACCAAAACAAGACAUUACCAUUGACACUAAACACAUCGGUGUGCUCACUGUGGAAUACUAAACAUGCUCCGUGGAUAUCUUGAGACGAAGAGGAAUAAGACUGGAUGCUGAUUUCCCAGUUUCACCUUCACCUUUUGGAUAACCUGGAAAUUAGAAGUGCUCCUGCACACUGAAGUGCCGUGCAGGGUGGACGCGCAGCGGGAUAUACCUUUUUACUCUUCGGCGUUUGUUUUCAUUGCACUCUCUUACAUUGGAAUAGGCUCUUUCGGGGAAUAUAAUCGUGGGUGACGCGGCUGCCCAGGAGAAUCGAAAAGAAUGGCAGCUUGGCUCACCUUUCUCAUCGCAAUUUUCACGACCGUUUUGACGCAGAUAUUUGGAUCGGGUGUUUUCGAACUCGACCUUCACGAAUUCAAAAAUUUUAAAGGCUUGCUCGCAAAUGGCAAUGCAUGCAAGUCUGAAUGCAGGACUUUCUUCCGAGUUUGCCUAAAAAACUACCAGGUGGUGGUGUCUCCAGGUGACUGUAUCUUUGGAAGUGCCAUAACGCCAGUGCUGGGGACAAACUCGUUCAGUAUCAUGGGAGGUGGCUCUUUCAGCACACCGAUUCGACUGCCGUUCAACUUUGGCUGGCCGGGAUCAUUUUCAUUGAUUAUUGAGGCUUGGCACUCACCUUACUCGGAUCAACCUGUAGACACAUACAACCCUGACUUGCAGAUAAGCUUUUUUGCCAUUCAAAGAAAGUUGGAAGUAGGGGCUGAAUGGUCUCAGGAUGUUCAAAGCGGGAAGCAGACGGAGCUAAGUUAUUCUUACCGGUUCAUCUGCAGUGACAAUUACUACGGCGACAGUUGUUCCAAAAAAUGCACGCCCAGGGACGACCGUUUUGGCCACUACACCUGCAAACCAGAUGGGCAGUUAUCCUGUCUCCAUGGCUGGAAGGGGGAGUACUGCGAAGAACCGAUCUGUCUGGAGGGAUGCAGUGAGGCGAAUGGCAAUUGCUCCAAACCUGGAGAGUGUGUGUGCAGAGAAGGAUGGCAGGGUAAACUUUGCACAGAGUGUAGGAAAUAUCCAGCCUGUAAACACGGCACCUGUCAGCAACCAUGGCAGUGCAACUGUAAAGAGGGCUGGGGUGGACUGUUCUGUGACCAAGAUUUGAAUUUUUGCACACAUCACAAGCCAUGUGUGAACGGAGCCACAUGUACGAAUACAGGUCAGGGCAGUUACACCUGCACCUGUCGGCCUGGUUACACUGGGGUCAACUGCGAGCUUGAGGUGCGCGAAUGUGACAGCAGCCCAUGCAAGAAUGGAGGUCUUUGCUUGAAUCUUGAAAAAGGUUACAUCUGCAACUGUCUGCCUGGCUUUGAGGGCACUCACUGUGAACACAGUCUGCUCACCUGCGCAGACUCCCCGUGCUUUCAUGGCGGUAGAUGCCACGAGAAAGACAAUGGGCGUAGUUACGCAUGUGACUGUCCCAGAGGCUACACGGGUCUGAACUGCGAGAGAAGAGUGGACAAAUGCACGACUCUGCCGUGUGCCAAUGAUGGCUUGUGUGUGGUCCUGGGGGGCGUUCGCAUGUGCAGCUGUCGAGCGGGUUUCACUGGCCAGCGCUGCGAGAUCAAUAUCAACGACUGCGCAAACAACCCCUGCGCUAACGGCGGCACUUGCUACGACCGCAUCAACGACUACGUCUGCUCAUGCGCCCCUGGAUACGAAGGCCCCAAUUGCGAUCGGCCUUCCAACGCCUGUUCGUCCAGACCCUGUCUCAACGGCGGCUCCUGCGUGGGCAUCCCAGGGAACCCACCCGCCUGCUUCUGCCCCAGCGGCUUCACCGGAGCCCACUGCGAAUACUACACUGUCACCGCUCCUGUGACCAAAGAGGAACCCCAAGAUCGCUUCCAGUGGGCCGCAGUUUCUCUAGCCGUGGGUUUGGUGGCUCUCAUCGUUAUGCUUUGCAUGGUGGUCAUUGCCCUGCGCCACAUUCACAGGCAGGCAUCUAGAGAAAGGACUCGAGGCGAGGCAAUGAACAACAUGUCGGAAUCACAAAGAGACAACUUGAUCCCCACCUCCCAGUUGAAGAACACUAAUAAGCAGGUCAGCCUGGAGGUGGACUGCACACCUGACAAAUCAAAUUACAUACACAAGAACUGCCACUUGGACUACAACUCAUCGAAAGAGUUCAAGGACAUUGUAUCCCAAGAGGACAAAAGUCAUAAAUACGAAAAGUGUUUAGAAGAGAAAAUACCAUUGAGUAGAAUGUGCAGGGAAAAGCCAGAGUGUAGGAUAUCAACGAUAUGUUCCCCAAGGGACUCCAUGUACCAGUCUGUGUUUGUAAUAGCAGAGGAGAGGAGUGAAUGUGUCAUAGCAACUGAGGUAUAAAUUACAGGCUGAUGUCUAUGAAGAGAGGAGAC